AUGACUGCACCGCUUCACCCCAGCACUACCGAGAGCUCUAUCGUCGCCACGAUCGCCAAGACGAUCUGGACACCGCUAUCGGGCUUACCUGUUUUGCUGCAGGUCUUCGUGGCCGCGACUACACUUCUCUCAGCAUGGAUGGUCUAUAACACCGCGCUCUCUCCACUAUCACGCCAUCCCGGCCCUCUCUCUGCGCGUCUCGGCAUCCCCUUCUGGCGCUUCUGGCACGCUCUUCAAGGCGACUAUGCGCCUGCACUGUACUCCCUCCACAAGCAACACGGCGACGUUGUCCGUAUUGGCCCUUCUCACCUGUCAUUCUCGGACCCGUCCGCCAUGAACUCGAUCUACAGCCUCUCGGACGGCAUUUCCAGCAAGUUCCGCAAGUCGAACUUUUACAAAUCUUUCCAGGUGUUCAAGGCGCAUCCUUCCAUCUUUAGCGAGCGUGACCCUCAUCAGCACAGCAAGCGCCGCAGAGCGGUAGCAAGCGCGUACAGCAUGAACAGCCUCGUCAAGCUCGAAGAGUACGUCGAAGACGUUUCAGAACUGAUGCUCAAGCGGCUGGACGAGCUGGUUGAGACGCAGGCCGUUACCGAGGCUGAGGGCCACGGCGAAAAGACAAAGACCAAGGCAAUCCAGCUCGAUCCGUGGUUCCACUUCUUUGCGAUGGAUGUGGUGGGAGAGCUGGCGUUUGGUCAGUCGUAUAACCUGCUGCACAGAGGUAGGGACGACGAGAGGUUCUUGACGGGGGUGUUGAAUCUGUCACAGUGGGGCGCGGUCGCUGGAUGUCUGCCGUUGCUUUCGAGCUGGAUCUUGUGGCUAUUCCCACGACUCACAGGACAGCCGGGCGGCAGCGUCAUCGGCGACAAGACUUCUUCGCGGAUUCAAACCCGAUAUGCUGAAGUCCAAGACAAUGGCGGCAUGGCUUCGCGCCCUGACAUGCUGACCAAGUUUAUGGAAGCCAGAGAUCCUGAUACAAAGGAAAAGUACUCGAUGAAGCAGGUGCUCUUCACAGCGUCGUCUGUCAUGUCGGCUGGCUCCGAUACGACGGCCACGUCGCUCACCAUCUUCUUUGGCUACCUCCUCGACCAUCCUACCUGCUACGCCAAGCUGCGCGAAGAGAUCAACCAAGCUGUCGAGUCCGGCCAGCUCGCUUCGCCCGUCAAAUAUGCCAAGGGCUCUCAACUCGAGUACCUCCAAGCAUGCAUCAAGGAGGCACUGCGUCUGUCGCCGCCCAUCUCGAUGGAUCUUCCACGCUACGUUCCCGAAGGAGGCGCCGUCAUCGGCAAGAACCCGCACCCCAUCCCAGCCGGCACCACCGUCGGUAUCAGCCCGUACGUCCUGCACCGCAACGCGGAGGCAUUUGGAGCAGACGCAGAGACCUUCCGGCCUGAACGAUGGCUCGAAGGCGGCGAGGAGGGCAGAAAGGCGCUGGAGCGAUUCAACAUGACGUUUGGCGGCGGAUCGCGCGCCUGCAUCGGUAAAAAUAUCAGCUUGAUGGAGCUCUCCAAGAUCAUCCCCGAGAUCCUACUCAGAUACGACGUCAAGAAGCCGGCUGUCAACCUGCACACAGCGCCUGCUACCGCUGCUACCAAGCACGCAGCUGCAAAGCAGCCGUUCUUCCAAGGCAGGAGCGCGUGGUUCCUUGAAGCACACAACCUCUACGUCGAGCUCGUACCUCUCAACACCAUCUGA